UGGGCACUGAUGGGUGGCACUGGUUGGCACAGGUGGGUGGACACAUGUGGGUGGCACUGCUGGGCACAGGUAGGUGGUACUUCUGGGCACAGGUAGGUGGCGCUACUGGGUGGCACUGCUGGGCACUGCUGGGUACAGGUGGGUGCACUGCUGGGCACAGGUGGGCGGAACUGGUGGGUGGCGCUGCUGGACACCGAUCAUCAGGGCACUAAUCAUCAGUGCCCUGAUGAUCGGUGCCGAUCCCUGCUCUGACAACUGCCGGUUCUCGACAGUACUUUCCUCACGCUCUGACAGCGUGAGGAAAGUGCAGCCGAGAACCGGCAAUUGCAU